CUAUGCUGCAUGCCCGCUGCUACUCUCAUGGGUCACAAGAAUCAGAUGAAGAAUUUGAUGCUCGCUGGGUGACGUAUUUCAACAAGCCAGAUAUUGAUGCCUGGGAGCUCAGGAAAGGGAUAAACACGCUUGUGGGUUAUGACCUGGUUCCGGAACCAAAAAUCAUCGAUGCAGCUCUCAGGGCGUGCAGGCGGUUAAAUGACUUUGCCAGUGCUGUCCGCAUCUUAGAAGUUGUAAAGGACAAGGCAGGACCUCACAAGGAAAUCUAUCCUUACGUCAUCCAGGAACUUAGACCAACUUUGAGUGAACUGGGAAUCUCCACUCCAGAGGAACUGGGCCUGGACAAAGCAUAAACCUUAUUGGUGCAUUACUUGAGCAUUUUACUGAUGCUACCUGAUUGUACACAGUCGCCUGGAGACACAAAUGUUAAAAUAUUACCUUAUUUGAAAUAACUUCUUCCUUUAUUGAGUCACAAUGUAUGUGAUGUGAAGUUGGACCUAAUAAAGGAAAAACUAGUUUGACUGAUGCGG